AUGUGGCAGGAAAUACGUGGGUAUUAUGCACUACUACAUCCCGACGAUGGGUUGCAUGGAUUAGUGAAGCUGGAUUCUGAAUCUGAAUUGACAUCAAGUGUGCCUGGUGGCACAAAUAUACCUGAAGCAAACGAAGAACUUGAUGUUGACCUCGACAAGACGGCGGCAGGAUUACGAACAGCCGAUGAUGGAACAUACGAGGAAGACAGAUGUGAUGGUGAAGCUUUGCUUGAUGAAUUGUCACGUCGUGAAUUUACGGUAUUUGUGUUGUCGGAAGUUGGCAAACCGAUUUUUGCAUCCUGUGGGCAUGAAGAACAGUUAUGUUCACUUAUUGCACUCAUUCAAACAUUCGUUAUGGUUGUUACUUCAUGGAAUGACAGUCUUAAACGAAUUCGUUCGGGUCAUAUACAAAUUUCGUUCUCCUAUCGAAGUCCACUUAUCUUAUGUAUUGUUUCACGUGACAGGUUUCAGUUAGGUGCUCAGGUGGAUCUUGUUUACAAACAGAUGCUUUCAAUAAUUUGUCGUGCUCAGUUGGUUUCGAUUUUUGAAACUAAAGGACCUAAUUUUGAUUUGCGAUUUGUGCUCAAAGGUACAGAUCGACAUUUAAAUGCUAUAGUGUGCGGUUACAGGAAUGAUAUAGCAGUAUUCAUGCGUUCAAUUCGGAUAUUCCCUAUGGCUUUUGCAGAUCGGGAGCAAUUCACAAGUGCAAUUGUAUCAGCAGUCAACAGUGUUGAAAAUGUUGUAUACGGAUUGGUUUUAGCUAAUCGACAGCUUAUCACGGUAGUUCGAAUGAAGGGUAUUACAUUAAAUCCAUGCGAUUUUCAUAUCAUUAUCAAUCUUAUUGAUUGUAAUCCGUCACUGAAGAAUGCUGAUAAUUGGAUACCUAUAUGCUUGCCGCAUUUUAACGACACGGGAUUCCUUUAUGCCUAUGUUUCUUUUAUCUGGGAAGGCAGUAGCGCGUGUUUGCUAUUGUUAUCUCUGGAACGUGGUGCAUUUGAGACACUUCGUGGUGUGAAAGAAGCAAUUAUUACUAGGUUACGCUCAUCGAAGUCACGUAUUUCAUUAAAGAAUGCCGUGGAGAAUCCUUCUUCCUUCGAUAUUCAAACGGAUAUUUCUUCGGAUUUGUGGCAUUUCACAUACAAGAACCGAUGCUCAAGCCAAAUAUGUUGUUCACUACAUUCAUUACCAUUUAUCGGUAAAGAUGAACGUUGGAAGCUGCAAGAAUAUUAUAAAAAAAUGUUUGCUUAUUCGAUAAGAACACCGAACCUGAGGCAUUUAUUUAUCACAAGGCCAGAAUGUUGUUUACUGUCGAAUGUCACCUCGAAUUAUGAAUUAUACUGCGUAUUAAGCCCAUUUGUGACACGCGCAUCAGCAAGUGCACAUGCAGAUCGUCUUUUAAAAAUGCUCAAAAAAGAAGAAGCGAAAUUUUUUACUACUUCUGUGUAUUUCUAA